GCUGUAAUGGAAUGGUCUGAAUAAAAGAAAAUGGAGGUCGAGUGAAGUAAAAAUUUGUGAUCAAGAUAUAAUUUCGAUAUUGUACAAAUAUCUCAAGAUUUUAGUUUCACAGGUAGUCUGGCAGUUCUUGGGGAAGCUUCGGUUGUUGAAUUUCACAAAAUGGAGUUUGUUGAGUUGAUCAAGACCCCCAAGGUGGACGGCGUGGUGCUGCAUCGGCCCCUCUGCCCGCGGAUCGAGGGUACGCUGUGUGUCACCGGGCACCACCUCAUCCUGUCAUCACGACAGAAAAAUGCGGAGGAACUAUGGCUGCUGCACAGUGGUGUGGACAGCAUAGAGAAGAAGUUUGUGGGUUCCAUGGGAUACCUGACGGUCAAGUGUAAGGACUUCCGGGUCAUCCGACUGGACAUCCCUGGGAUGGAGGAGUGUCUCAACAUCGCCAGCUCCAUAGAGGUCUUGUCAUCACUGGACACCAUCACACUGACGUACCCGUUCUUUUUCCGCCCGAUGUUUGACGUGAUCGAGGACGGCUGGCAGGCCUUCCCGCCGGAGACGGAGUUCGGAAGGCUCUUCGGCGAGGACUGGAGAAUCAGUUACGUCAACAAAGACUACAAGGUCAGGGGUUGGAUUGAGGGUUGUGCAGCCUUAAACUUGCUUUUAGGUUCUGGUGCAUUCAGACAGGGGGGAAGGUUUCCUGUACUCAGUUACUUUCAUGCUGCAAAUGACACCUCGAUAUUACGGAGUAGCCAGCCCCUGACUGGUCCGAACGGUCGGCGCUGUAAGUCGGACGAACAGCUGCUGAAUGCGACACUACGACCCGGCAAGAGAGGUUACAUCAUCGACACACGGGCUCCCAACGUGGCCGCUAAUGCUAAAGCUCGAGGUGGCGGUGUUGAGCCCGAGGUGCACUACCCCCAGUGGAGACGGAUCCACAAACCCAUAGAGAGGUGGAACGCUCUGCAGGACAGUCUGGUGCGACUCGUGGAAGCCUGUCAGGACCCCAACUCCAGUAUGGACAAAUGGCUGUCUAAACUAGAGGCCAGUAACUGGCUCACCCAUGUGAAGGACAUCCUGACCACCGCCUGCCUGGCGGCCCAGUGUAUCGAUCGGGAGGGCGCGUCUGUGCUGGUUCACGGGUCGGAGGGGAUUGACACCACGCUACAGGUCACGUCUCUCACACAGAUCAUACUGAACCCUGACUGUCGCACUGUCAGAGGGUUUGAAGCGCUGGUAGAACGUGAGUGGUUACAGGCGGGACACCCGUUUGCAGACAGAUGCGCGAAGUCAGCUCACUCCACCAGCAAACAGAAGUUUGAGUCUCCCGUCUUCCUGCUGUUCCUAGACUGUGUCUUUCAGGUGUACCAGCAGUUUCCAUGUUCCUUUGAGUUUAAUGAACAGUUCCUGGUCCUGCUGUUUGAACACUCCUAUGCCUCACAGUUUGGUACAUUCUUAUGUAACAAUGAAUGCGACAGGAAGAAAGUCAAGCUACAGACUAAGACAGUGUCCCUGUGGUCCUAUGUGAACAGCCCUGAGAUGUUAAGGACCUACCUGAACCCCCUAUAUGAGCCCAACAAUGGGGUGGUCUGGCCUUCUGUUGCACCACAGAGCUUGCAACUGUGGUCAGGCCUGUUCCUGCGAUGGGAAACCAACAAGUCAGCUGAGGACGCAGCCUGGCAGGAGGUCAUCCACAUCAGACAUCACAACAAGGAGCUCAAGUCUAAGGUCACCAAACUUAGAAGACAACUCGAGGAGUUGCAGAGAGAAGCAAGAGAUGCUAAUCUUCUCGAAGAAUAAAAUAGUUAAUAAAAUUGUAUGUAAUAAUGCUCAUAUACAUAAUCAGGAUAGCCUCAACACAUGUAAAGCUAUGGGAUAAUGUUCUAGCUGCAGUCUCUGAUAUAGCAUUCCUGCAGAACAGGAAAUGGUUCAUCAAUUAGUAUCUGAAUAUUUGCCUCAAAUAGAAGUCAAAGCUCCAUACAGUCCUCAGUAACAGCAUUGCAACACUGAGAUUGAACUGGCAUGUAGAGGUUUGAUCCUGAUACACUGUUACAAAAUAAUAAUAAUAAAGAUGUGUAAGGUACAAAAUUUAUGUUACGCACUUGUGACGUUGCAUUAUGCAGGAAAGUGAUAGUACAUACAGUUAGAAAUCUCACUUUCAGACUGGAGGGUCAGGGAGAAUGAAUUCAGUCUGUCCAUUGAUGAACUUAGAUAUUCAGACUACAAUUACUAGAGGUGGUUUAGUCCUUGAAAGGGAACUUUAAGUGGUCUUUUACAUGUUUAAGGAGAGACAUGUCAUAUGUGUGUCUUUGUACCCACCAUGCUUCUCAGAAAGAGAACUUCAAGGCAAUUAGAUAAGUGCAACAUCAUGCUAUGUUAAGUAAGAUGUCAAAAUUUAAGUAUAUAUUUAUUAAAAUGCGGGAUGUAAAAUAAAUCAACCGUGUUAGAA